CAGCGCACGGAGCUCCAGGCGAAGAUCAACUUCCACGAGAAGAGCCUCAAGGAAUGCAAGAUCGUGGAGGCAGAGGGCGGCCCAAUUCACCUCCUGCACCAGCGGGCCCUCGACGUCCUUCGGCAGCAGGCGCGUGAAUUGCGCCCCCCAGGCGCUGCUUACAAGGCCUCGUCCCAGAAGCUCGCGCGGUGCAUGCAGCAGCUGGACCGCUUCACAAGCGACCUGCAGGGCCUGGAGGCGCAGCUGGAGGCUACCCAGCGCAAGAUCCAGGAUAAGCAGGAGGCCACUGCGGCUAAACAGGCUGAGGUGGAGGUCCUGCGCAAGGAGAAUGCGAAGCACGAGCAAACCAUGCAGGCUGCACGUGGUGAGAAGCCCCACCCAGUCAUCAAGGAGGAAGACCUGGUUGGCUUCGACCUCGCCGAGCAGCUCGACGACGAUGGCGCGAAGGAGGCCCUCGAGCAGUUCAAGGCGAGCCCCCACUUCGGCAAGAUCCAGGCGGCCCUCCGCAAGCAGGCGGCGGAGAAGCUGGCUACGGUCAUGGCUGAGGAACCUGGUGUUCAUGCUCCUCAUGCUGAGGGCGGUGGCGCAGGCGCAGCAGACGGACCGCCAGCUCGGGAUGACGAUGACAUGGACGACGGAGACGCCGACGGCGACGCACAGCCUCGAGGAGGCGAUAAGCGCGGAGCCGCCUGGGUGGAGCUGGCCAAGGAUGACGUCGGCGCCCUCUGGCAGCAGCUCCUCAGCAGCGGACAGCAGCCUACGGACUGGACCAAGGAGAAGCUGGACGACGCCUUCACGCAGGCACGAUGCCUGGGUAACCCGCCCCUGGUCAGCGGGCUACUGGAUGCCAGCGCGGGCGCCAAGCAGCUACACGUACCAGCAGCGGUCACCAUCACGCACACCUUCGAGACCUUCAACGCCAACCAGGGAAAGCUAACCCUCCAGAAGCGGCUGAGAAGGUCAACAGCAAUGGUCAUCAUGGCUCAGGAGAUAGGAUACGGCAUCGAUGACUGCGAGAGCCUCUCUUCUUGGGCGACGGCGCGCGGCUGGCAAAGCCUCAUCGUGCCAGGGCUGCCCUCACGAGGGUACCUCCCCUCCGCAGGCCUGGCAGUCUUCGCCAGGGAGGGGAUCGGGCUGCGCGGGCCCACUUACCCUGGCGAGGCCCCGCCCAGACGUGCAGGCAGCGUCAACGAGACCAUUGCGCACGGCACCGAGCUCGUCCGAGGCAGGGCUCAACACGUCGUCGUGGAGCUGCCGAACUGGCCGCCGCUCAACGUCGUCAACGUGUACCUCCACACAGGGGAGGGCAUGAGCAGCCGCAACGCAAGUAUACUCAUGACGGUGGGGCUCGCGCUUGCGGGCCAGGCGCACCCUGGCAUCAUCGGCGGUGACUGGAACAUGGACGUGCAGGUGGUCAAGAACUCCGGCUUCCCCGUGCACGCGCAGCUGGAGAUGGUCACCCCGAGGCACGCGACCUGCAGGACAGCGGCGUCGUUGUCAACCAUCGACUACUUCGGGCUGACCACGGGAGCCAUGCGCAUGCUAGCUGCAUGCAACGCAGACUUGACCUGGUCGGUAAAGCCGCAUCGACCAGUUCAGCUUCAACUGACAGCGGAGGGCACCAAGCUCAGGUACCUCACCUACGUAGGCGGUGCGAAGAUACCAGCGCAGAUUGUGCACGGGCCUUUCCUCGAGGAGAGCAGCUGGUCCCUGGAGCGCAGCUUCGCUGAGCAGGCGCUGAGCAUGGCCAAGGAGGCGCCUGCUGCAGUCGCCUGGCGUUUCCUCUCGAAGGCUUGGGGCAGAUGGGCGACCAGGGCAGCCUCGAGGCUCGGGCACCUCACUGGUACGGAGACGCGAGCCAGCGCCUACGCGCGUCCGCUCCAAGCCAAGUGGGUCGAGCGUGAGCACCAGGUCCUCACGGAGGAUGAGGUACAGGCGGUCGCGGAUGGAUGGAAGUGGCUGCAGGACUGCCUGGCGGGCCUCAUCACCGCAAAGGCGAACGCCAGGACACCCGAGGGCCGACAGUUUCUCGACAACGAGCUGCAAGGCUUCCUCAGUGUAGACUACUGUGGGCAGAACCUAAGCGCGAGGCUCGACGCAUCAGUUCGGCAUGCUCGGCAGAUUGUGCAGAGGAAUUUCAGCAGUGAGGACAUCAUGACCUUCUCGGAGGAGAUCGACGAGGAUGUUAACUUUGCCAUGCAGCUAGCGAACAAGGAAUCUUCGAGGCGCUGGAGAGAAUGGUGCGACGGGGCCUGUGCGGGCGGAGCGGGGAAGCUCCACAAGGUCACUCGUGUGCAAGCAAUUCAGGCCCCCACCACGGUUAACGACUCGGAGAACGGCAUCACAGGGCACCCGCACUUUGUAGUCAAGGAUAUGGAGGAUACGCACGCAGCGCUGUGGAAGGCG